AUCUCAAUAAGGAAAGCUUGUUAAGGUAUCAGUAAUGCCCGCAGCGACCAUGUACCUCAAGCCGACAACCUUAGUCUGUUUGUCCAACGUGAUGUGCCGAACAAUAUGAGGGUACUCUGGAAGAUGGGCAGGCUUUCUUCUGUGAUCAGUGAUGAACUUCAGUGAACAGGGGAGUUUGGCCAUCUAGGAUUGGUGUGGAAGCAUACGGAACCACAAGGAGUAGGAUUGUGUUCUAUCACCGCAGGCUUGUGACGAUGACGUUGAGGUCGGAAACAAUGGGGUUUGGGUAUUAUAAAAGGUACUCGCGAACGAUAUUGAUUCAACUGCUUUUACACAUUUUGUGUCUUGUUUUCUGUUCAGCUGUGGAAGAGACACGGAGCUAUGUCUUGGAUUUGACUGCUGAUACAUUUGAUGCCGCGAUCGCCAAACACGAUGUACUUCUCGUGGAAUUUUACGCCCCUUGGUGUUCUCAUUGCAAGCGGUUGGCCCCCGAGUUUGAGAAAGCGGGUCAGUUGCUGGCUCAGAGUUCGUCCCACAUCAAGCUAGCGAAGAUUGACGCAGAUAAGUACAAGUCGAUCUCUUCCAAGUAUGACAUACAGGGCUUUCCGACCCUGAGGCUUUUCAUGAGUGGCUCUCCAGCAGAAGCGGAAUAUGACGGACCUCGGAACGCAGAUUCUCUUGUUUCUUAUGUGCAUCGCGCGAUCGCUCCAGUCAUAAGAUCUCUCUCUUCAGAUGCAGAGCUCAAUGCCUUUUUGAAGAAUGUUAAUGAUAGUUCGCCCAUUUUCCUAGGAUUCGGUUUAGAGGAAUCUGUUUUGAAGCAGACUGCCACCAAGUACAAGAAGAAAGCUUGGUUUGCUGUGGUUCAAGACUUCUCAGAGAAAAUGAUGAUGGAAUUUGACUUUGACAAGAAGCCGGCUCUGGUGGUGACCCAUCCUGAACUGAUGGAACAAGCUGUGUUUUAUGGUCCUUUCGAAGGAGUCGACAUGGAAGAUUUUGUGAGGCAGAAUAUGAUGCCACUCGUAACGAAAAUGUCAUUUGAGUCUCUGAAGCUGGUGAGGGAAGAUGGACGUCCUAUUGCUAUAGGUAUUUAUGAUGGGCAACAAGACGAUGGAAGUGUGCGACAGUUCAUGAAAAUGCUGAAGGCUGCUGCACCAGCAAAUCGUGGUUUCAUAUUUUCCUAUGUGGAUGCAGCGAAAUGGCCCAGUUUCCUCAAGCCUUUUGGUAUAGAGAAGGGGACAACUCUGCCAACUUUGAUUGUAUGGAAUGGAUUGGCAGAGUACUCCUCUCAUGAGAACGAAGCUGCCUUCAUUGCUCGAGAUGCAGAAGCUCAGAUCACCAAGUUUCUACAGGAUUACAAGAACAACAAGGUCAAGAGAUUGAAAGUGAAAGAACCGUCAUUCAUGGAAAAAACAAAGGACAUCCUAUGGGGUUUGCCAACUCUUUACAUGAUAUUCACUAUUUUCGUCGUCGUGUGGUUGCUACAAGGCUGUACUUGGAAAGAUGUCAUGCGCGAUGGAGGUCUAGAAGAGCAGCAUCAACAGAGAGAAAGAUUGAGGAGAGCAGAUCUUGAAGGAGAUUUGGGUUCAGAGAGAACAAGUAGGGAUGCUGGAGAGUCUCUCGUGAUUAGCAGGAAAAGUGAGAAGAAGGACUAACGAGAUGUAGCAUGUAGGAUGAGCAUGUACAGAUGUUUGCAUACAAUUUUCCUUUUUUCCUCCAAUGCACCUGAAGGGAAACAUUUUUGUUGUCCUUCAGCAGCAUCAGCAGCAUGGAGUGUCGUUCUUCUUUGUUUGUAAACAGAACAGCUUUCGUUUGGCAUGUUGUUUAUUGGCUAUGGUGCCCUAUUCAGGACUGACAUAAGAUGUCCUUAGUCAUAUGUAUUUAUCUUAGCUCAAUUCCUCACACCUUCACUUGAUAUAUGUAUCUGUUAUUCAGAAGAUCGUGUGUACUUGUUAGUUUGGUUUCCCCUGAUCCGAUUCUGCGGUAAGAUAAACUCUCUGAAAUCUAAACAAGUGAAUUGUUUUCAAAUU